AUGGCGGCGGCUCGCGCCCUUCUGCUGGCGGCGGCGACGAUAGCGACCUUGGCCCUCGGCCUCGGCCUCGACCUCGGGCCCGCGGUCAGGGUCGCGCGGUGCAGAGCCCGUUGUCUGCGCGAGCACAGCCUGGACGGAAGCUGCGACCGCUUCCCCGACGGACGCGAGAUCCCGUGCACCCAAUGCUGGCGGAGCUGCGAGGCGCUGGAGAUGCAUCGGGAGAGGGCCGAGUCCAUGUGCGAGGGUGCCGAGCUGGCUCGAUGCUCGGCGUGUCGGACGGCGUGCCUCUCUCGGCAGAACAGGACGGAGGAGGAGUACCCACCCUCGGCGCUUCCGGCCCCUCGCCGGGGUCCCGUCGCCCUGAAGAGGAACGAUGUAGCCGUCGUGUUGCGCAAGGAUGGGAACGAGUGGCGAGUGGCGGAGUACCGACCCGGGUCGAGGGUCCCCGCCCUGCACCAGGACACGUGGAUUGUCGCGGUCGGCGAGGAAGGCGGCGUCUGGCACUUCAGCUGGGAAGUCUGGGUGCCGACCCUGGUGUCCCUGAAGGAAGGGCCUCUCUUUGAGGCCACUCUGUCGUGGCGGGACGUCGACGAUCAGCUCGGGAGGCUGCGGGAGCUCGAGCGGAGGACGCUCGACGACAGGGUUCGCCGAUUCUUCCUCGAGAAGUUCGGGAAGAAGAUCUUGGGGGAGAGGGGAGGCCGGGACGAGUCGCAGAUCCCCGACGAAGUCUUCGGGCGGUUCUUCUUUAGGAAGCGCGAGGAGGGGCGAGUCGAGGGGACGCCGAGGUCCCGAGAGGUCGCCCCAGCCCGGAGGAAGGAGUCCUUCGUCGUCUCCUGGGAACCCGAGGCGGGAGGCUCGAUGGGCAACCAAGUGACGGACUCGAGUUCCGCCCAGAUAUCUCUGCUGCCCGGCGUCAAGUAUCUCGUGAGGGUUGCAUCCGACGAGGGCCCCGGGAGUUUCCCCAUCGAGGUCGACACCAGACCCGACUCCGUCGGGCCGGUCAGGGCGGAGCCGACCCUCGGGGCGGCUCGGCCAUGGGUCUUCCUCGCCGCCGGCCUGGGCGCCGCGGCCGGCGCGGCCGUCGCAGCCGUCGUGGCCGUCGCGGUGCUCCUGGGUGUUCGCCGGAAGAACAAGGACGUCGGAGACGGUCCCUUUCCGCCCCUCGGGGUGCGACGGGAGGAAUCCGAAGCGACGCGGUGA